AUGAUUGAUAUUAUCGAAAAUAUUAUUUUUUUUUAUUUCAGGGUUAAAAUUCAAACGGUGGCCGCUAAGGGGGAAACUGAACCGGAGCGCAAAGAAACGCGUGGCAAAGUAGACGAAGAUCGCAAACAUGAAAUUGAAGCAGCUAUUGUUCGUAUAAUGAAAGCCAGAAAACGAUUGCCGCACAACUUGCUUGUUUCUGAUGUUACAUCACAACUGAAGUCUCGAUUCCUACCGUCUCCUGUUUUCAUCAAAAAGCGAAUAGAAGGCCUUAUAGAAAGAGAAUAUUUAGCAAGGACGCCGGAGGAUCGAAAAGUUUAUAUAUAUCUGGCAUAAACUCGCAUAAGACCUACUCUGAAAAGAAUAGCAGAUAAGAUUAGCGAAAAAGAGUCUUAAGCAAAGGCAAUAGCAAUUCAUUAAGACUAUUAAUCGUAUACUGCAUGAUCCCCACUUAACAAGCUAACGUACCCGCUAUAUCUAACUUUCAUCAAGGUUUCGUAUUUUUUUUUCUUUUUUGUUAUCUAUACUUUACCUUUGUCACGCCAAAAUUUGGUCUACAAUAAACGAUUUCGGUCCUCCUUUCAAAUUUUGACUUUUGCUUAUGCCUACUACUACAAACCUUUCUCGAGAAUUUGGGAAUUUCAAAAAAAAAUAACUUCAGAUGAAUACAGAGAAUUUUUAAAUACCUCCGCUUGUUUGUUUUUUUAUGCGAAAAUUUCUCGCAUCCAAUAUUCACGUCGAAUCUGUGCAAGUUCGCGUUUAGGUGAAACUUAAGGACCGUUCGGUUGGUUUAAGAUAAAUUAUAGAUAAGCGUCACGCGGAAACAGAAAUAUUUGGAAAUCAGCCAAGCGAUAAUAACUAUAUCGAUCUGAACAAAGGAACAGCAUAUUAGAUAAAACCUAAAAGUCGAACAAUUCAAAAUUUUUUAGCCUAACCUAAUAUAAACGUAGGCCGUCUAAUGCCUGCGACACACAUGUAGUAUAGUAAUUACCAUGUAUGUAAUACAUCUAUAUAGGAAGUACGUUGAAAGUAAAUCCGCCAACAUUAGAGUGCAGAUAUAUAACACUGUACGAAAAAAUCAACUUUUUUCUGGGUAUUGGACCAAACGAAUUUUUUUUAAGAGCU